AUGGUUCAUCUUGAGCAUAACCAUAAAACAAGUCCAACCAAGUCUAGGUUAUAUCGACGCAACAGGCAAUUAAGCGAACAUGUGAAGCGGCAACUUGAAGUGAAUGACAUAGCUGGAAUUCCAUUACACAAAAGUUUUAACUCAGCUGUUGUUGAAGCUGGUGGAUAUGAGAACCUGACAUUUGUGGAAAAGGAUUGCAGGAAUUACAUUGAUCAGGUGAGGAGGUUAAGACUUGGAGAAGGAGAUGCUGUUGCUAUUCAAGCUUAUUUUUCAAAGAUGCAAGCGUUUUGUCCGGGUUUUUACUUUAGUGUGGAUUUGGAUGAAGAGUACCUAUUGAAGAAUGUCUUUUGGGCUGAUAAUAGGUGUAGACAAGCAUUCAAGGAAUUCGACGAUGUUGUCACAUUUGACACCACAUACCUGACAAAUAGAUAUGACAUGUCCUUUGCUCCAUUUGUUGGUGUAAAUCACCACGGCUAG